AUAAGAUACUGGAUACUAGGCCCCGGCGGAGAAGCUGAGGUUAUCAUUGAAUUUGAAAUAUUUAAAGUGGAUACAAAACUGUUUCAGCAAUGCAGACAAUUAAGUGUGUUGUUGUGGGCGAUGAUGCCGUUGGUAAAACCUGUCUCCUGAUAUCCUACACAACAAAUAAAUUUCCAUCGGAGUAUGUACCGACUGUUUUUGACAACUAUGCAGUCACAGUUAUGAUUGGUGGAGAGCCAUAUACUCUUGGACUUUUUGAUCCUGCAGAGCAAGAGGAUUAUGACAGAUUACGACCGCUGAGUUAUCCACAAACAGAUGUAUUUCUAGUCUGUUUUUCAGUGGUCUCUCCAUCCUCAUUUGAAAAUGUGAAGGAGAAGUGGGUGCCUGAGAUAACUCACCACUGUCCAAAGACUCCUUUCUUGCUUGUUGGGACCCAAAUUGAUCUCCGAGAUGACCCCUCUACGAUUGAGAAACUUGCCAAGAACAAACAGAAGCCUAUCACUCCAGAGACUGCUGAAAAGCUGGCCCGUGACCUGAAGGCGGUCAAGUAUGUGGAGUGUUCUGCACUCACACAGAAAGGCCUAAAGAAUGUAUUUGACGAAGGAAUAUUGGCUGCCCUGGAGCCUCCAGAACCGAAGAAGACCCGCAGAUGUGUGCUGCUAUGAACAUCUCCAGAGCCCUUUCUGCACAGCUGGUGUCAGCAUCGUACUAAAAGCAAUGUUAAAUCAAACUAAAGAUUAAAAAUUAAAAUUCAUUUUUGCAAUAAUGACAAAUGCCCGGCACCUACCCACAUGCACUCGUGUGAGACAAGGCCCAUAGGUAUGGUCCCCUUCCCCCUCUCAGUACUAGUUAAUUUGAGUAAUUGUGUAUUGUCAGAAAAGCGGUUAGUACUAGUUUUUGUUCUGUCGUUUCAAAAAAAAAAUUUUUUUUGUUUUUGUUUUUGUUUUUUUGUUUAAAAGCAAGGCAUGCUUGUGAUGACUCUGUAACAGACUAAUUUGGGCUGUUGAAGCUGUUCCCGGGGCUCCAUCCACUCUGGAGAAUAAUCUGGGACAUUUAGGGGUUUUGUUUUUGUUUUUGUUCUUUUUGUUUUUGAUUUUUCUUUUUUGCGGGGGGGGGGGUAGUGUGUGUGGGGUUCGUUUUUAUUUAGUCAUGUUUUUUAAAUUCAGUAACCAUUGGACAGCCCUUAAGGGGAGGAGGAUGGACUGACUCCACAUUCCACUUCCUAGAUCUAGUUUAGAACACUUGUCCCCCACCUGGUGCUCUUAGGAAGGAGUAUAGUAAAUGCCUCAUUUAAUAACAUACUCCUUUUUGAAAGUUGCCUUUCUCUCCACCCUUGAGUAGGUCUAGUACUUGAUGAAACUCAUGAAAGCGGGUGGAACCUGUCUUGCCCCUCUUUUCUAGGAUGCACUCUAUAUGUGACUGUGACUUUCAAGGAAAUUUGUUUGUCAUUUGCUGAUUUUUUUUUUGAAGUUAAUUUCUAACUUCGUUCACUGAUAAAUGAAGAAAAGUAUUGCACCUUUUGAAAUACACCAAAUGGAUUGAGUACGUAAUUAAAAAACGUUUUUUUCCCUGUCA